AUGAAAUCAAUUGCUAUAUUAAUCAUCUGCUUUGCAAUGACAUCAUGCAUUUACACACCUGCUGAACGCCAAUAUAACCAAGAAGCAUUAGAAGGAGCUUAUGAAUACAACAAAUUGCCUCAACCAUAGCAUGUUUCUAAUUGUGGAGACGAUGCGAUUUAGAUUGACAUUUUCGAAUUUGUUGGUUAUAUGUUACAGAAAGCUGACAAGGCUAGUGUAUCCUAAUUAUUAGCAUUAAAAAAGGAAGUUGAUGACUAUUUUAAUUCGCUACCAGAGGAAUAUACUAGCUGCUUAUAUGCCGAACCUGAAUUUGUUGAGAUGUGUACGUUAUAUGGAUUGAAGGAGACAGAUAGAAUGGAACAAAUCACUGAUAAAAUCUAUGAAUACGCAAUGGCACACUUCUUUGUUACCAAGAAAGAGAUUCAUUAGGGAAAUCUUCUAUGGAAUACAUAACACGAAUAUCAUGAGGCAGGAUAUUUGGUUGCUAAUUUUGCUAAGAAAGCCUUGGUAACAGGAUUAGAAUAGGUUGAAUGA